AUGUCGUGGCCCUCCUCUCCCGGCUCCUCCACAACUCACUCGUCCAACCCCUUCGCUGGCCCCGAGCCCUCCGCCACCGCCAUCCGUGACCUCAAUAUUGAGGCCCGGGUUCCUAUCCGUCUCGACAGCUCCAGCACGUCGUACUACGCGUGGAAGACCUACUUCAACCUCGUCUUCCGCGAGUACUAUCUCACCGAGCACAUCGACGGUUCCGUGGACAACGCGUACAUGUGCAGCGACCCGGAGUGGUCCGCCAUCGAGGCCACGAUCAUCCGUUGGUUCUAUCAGACGCAGGAGUUCUUCGGCUGUCACCAGGACAACUCCACCAUCGACGAGUACUGCAUGAGGCUCAAGAUGCUCGCCGACGAGCUUCGCGACAUCGGCGCUAAGGUCUCUGACGACCUCAUGCUGAGCACCCUCACCGCCGUUCUCAAUGAGGACUUCGGCAACGCGGCGUCCAACCUCACCCCGCUGCCGCAACCCACCUUCCAGCGCGUUGUCGCGUACCUCAAACUUGAGGAGCGCCGGAUGACGAAGCUGAAGCAGCGGGUCCAGCACACCGCCCUCGCCGCCGGACGCCCGUACCCGGAUGGUGCUUCACCGAUGUGA